GUCAAACACCCGAGCAGCAGAACCGGACGCCGCGGCGCGCCACCCGGAUGGCGCGAAACUCAAGCUGACGGCGGCUUGUGGUAGCGUGGGGCUGGCCUCGUCGACGUCCGGCCGGUGAACUGCGCCCACGGCAUGGCCGGCUGGCGACCCCUCCUUCGUCCGCUGGAUUGGAAGCGCCACCAGGUCGGUCAACUUCUGCCUGCCUCCUUGCACGCCAGGUGCUUGUGUUUAUUCCCAUCCGUUCAUAGCUGGACUAGAAACCCAGUGACCAUUGACUGACAGAGCGCCAACGGACCCUCACGCUUGCUCGGCUCCGCCGUGUUCCAUGAGUACUCGUCCGUGCUUCCUCAAGUUGCCAUUCCAAGUUUAGCGUGUUAGUGCAUCACAACAUCAAGUUGCCAUUCCAAGCUUAGCACAUCGGCAUUGCCAUGCUCAUCCCGACGCGAAGGCGUACUAGACGCCGGAUGACGUUACGCUCACAUGGUCGUGGGAUCGCAGUACUGCCCAAAUAUAAGAAUGUAUGUAACUACUAUUGCAAUGUAGCUCUAUCUGAAAACAGAGCGUUCAGUGAUGCCAAGUUUGGGGAUUCUCUGCAUCAGAUAGUUGUGCUGAGCUUUUGCGCAAAACUGUUGGCAGUCACCUACUAACCAUGGUUUUUCUUCUUCAUCUAUAAACCGUUAUAGAUGCAUAACGUAUAUCCUGGCCUCUGGUAAGUGCUCAGGUAUGCAUGUACAUGCAUUUGUGUGUAUCUAUCGGGCCUUAAAAGAUAGCCUCAACUCAAAUUCUGCUUGAAUAUUUUCAAUUUACUGAUGGCUGGAUCCGCUCCUUGAUCUAGCAGGAUAUAUGGACAUAGCUACCUACCUGAUUCAAAUCACUACUUUGCUUCCUCUGCCGGGGGUUGAAGUUGGGAUUCUGCAGUCGAUGGGACCAACAUCCAUUUUUGCCUUUUUGGUUUUGAGUUUUUUGCAAUGGAAUUGGAAACGAUGAUAGCUUUGCUUUUUGUUUAUUUUUAUAGUGUAGUCAUCGGUUUUAUUCAUUUACUCUACUUAUUAUCUAGUGAAAUCCAAAUAAUGGUAUCAGGUUUGGUGCAUAUAUGUCAGGCCGGCCCUCAUCCACAGGCCAGGGAUGAACAUGGUUUUUCCAGGCCGUGAGCUUCAGAGUUGAGCUGGAUGCCCGCCCAGUGCACGAGUCUCCUGAACACGAUGAGCAUGCCAUGGUCUGUCGUCUGUUCCAGCAACAACAUUCAUACGUUGUUGUUGUCCACUACUCCAGUGCAGCAGCAGCCCAAAAACAAUGAAGAACGCAUGAUAUUCAUGCACAGAACGCAUGCUGUAUCGUGCAUCAGAACGCCUGUGGUACCAAUGGACUCAGACCAAGGGAACAACUUGUCUAUAUAUAAAUGAAGCCAUCGCCAUGUCCAUUGCACCUUACAGCAUCCAAGUAAGUAGUCCUCCCUACACCACACUAGCUAGUGAUAAUUAUGUCACUCAUCUCCACAGCACUUGUGCUACUUGUUCCCCUAGGCCUUUACUUGUACCUGCUGCGGUCUAGUCGUAGAGAUCAAAUAACCCAGCAGCAGCAGUGUUCCCCACAAAAUGGCCAAUGCUAGGCAUGCUCCCUUCUCUCUUGGCCAACAUGUACAACUUCCAUGAGUACAGUUAUUUGGUCCUCGCCGGAUCAGGCCUCAACUUCAAUGGGGACGGCCCUCCUGGGGCCGGGAUGCGGUUCUUCAUCACCUGCGACCCUGCCAACAUUCAGCACAUCUUCACGACCAACUACCACAACUUUCCCAAGGGCGCGGAAUUCGCUGCCAUCUUCGACAUCAUGGCAGGUGGCCUCUUCACUAUCGACGGCGAGCUGUGGCAUCGGCGCCGCGUGAAAUUUGUGGGCGUGAUCAGCAGCCCGUGGUUUACUGACCGUGUGGCAGCUCAUUGCCGUGACAAGGUGAAGGACCACCUCCUCCCAUUGCUUGCCCGCAUGGCGAGUACCGGCACUUCAUUCGACAUGCAAGAAUUAAUGGUGAGGUUAAUGUUUGACAUGACCGCCACGGCAGUCUUUGGCGUGGACCCUGGCUUCUUGUCCUUGGACAUGCCUCCCAUUGAUGCCUCCAUUGCCAUGGACACGGUCAUGGAGGUGGGAUUUCUACGGCACACCAUGCCGGCCUCUUUGUGGAAGGCAAUGAGGUGGCUAAAUAUUGGUCCUGAGAGAAAGCUCCAUGAAGCGAAGAAAGUGCUCCACAGGUUUGUUGUGGAUACAAUUGAGAGGAGGAAGACCACCAGAGAAAAUGUUGGCCACGAUGAGGAUGAAGAGGUUGUGGGUGAUAUUUUAUCUUCCUACAUCAAUGACCCAGACUUCGCCGACGAUGACUUGCUCCGUGCGACACUCAUUAACUUCAUGAUCGCUGGGAGGGACACAAUCGGCACGACCCUGCCAUGGAUAUUCUAUAACCUCGCCCAGAACCCUAACAUCGUGUCAAUCAUCCGUAAUGAACUCUCACCAAUUGCAUCGCACAAAGUAGCCCACGGUAUGGGCACAAUGGUCUUUGAGCCGGAGGAGACCAAAUCUCUGGUCUAUCUGAGAGCCACCUUGUACGAGACUCUCAGGCUAUACCCACCAGCGCAUAUGGAGCGCAAGACAGUGGUUACCGAUGAUAUCAUGCCAAGUGGCCAUGAGGUGCAGGCCGGUGAUGCCAUCUUUAUCUCUCUUUACUCCAUGGGAAGAAUGGAGAGCUUGUGGGGUAAAGACUGCCUCGACUUUAACCCAAACAGAUGGCUCUUGGAGGGUAGCAACAAGCUCAAGAAUGUACCGUCUCGCAAGUUCCUGGCCUUCAACUCGGGUCCGAGGGUGUGCAUGGGCAAGGAAAUCGCGGUUAUGCAGAUGAAGACCAUCGCCGCCGCAGUCAUGUGGAACUUUGAUGUGGAGCUGGUGGAAGGCCAGAGCAUCCAGCCCAAGCUAUCUUGUUUACUGCAAAUGAAAAAUGGGCUCAUAGUGAAGCUGAAGAAACGAGAAGCGUAAUACUAUGCUCUCUUGUCUUAAAAUGGGGGUGUGUGGUGCGUGUCUGUGUGUCCAUAUACUUUGUUUUUUGCUUUUAUGUGGGACAACUUUAUUCACAGCAACAAGUGGUUUUUUUUAAUAAAAGAUUACCUGAGAAAUCAGUUAUCGCUUGGA